AUGACCAUUUCACCUUGCAGCAGUGGAGUGGCAGUUUACAGUGCAUCCUUGACCAAGUCCUACACUCCGCCAAAGAUCGAACAAAAGCCAGAGCCGCGAAGCAAGUUCGAAGUACGUCCAGAGGAUUACGUACCGCCCGAUAGCUUUCAAGAGAAUCAUUAUGCAGAUGGCCGACUGAAGUCACAUGGUCAAAAGAUGAAGUGCGACGACGGAAUCGACUUCGCCCAGACCUGUCCCAUCGGCUGGAGCUACGUUGCUCAGCUGAACUGCUGUGCCCAAAGGGCCAAGCGGACCAGAGUGCCAGGCCCCGCCGGAAUUUUAUACGGAGACAAACUGGUGCCGGCAGCAGCUGACUCCGCGCCAAGUAGCUCGAGCGGGAGAAGGGAAGGGAUUAAUCGCUUCGCGCCGUGCUCUAUCCACAAACUUGCCAUGGAGCAAGUCGUUGCCGGCAGCAUUGGGCUGAUGAUCCUUCAUUUCUACACGAUGAGGGUGUUGACGUGGAGGGAUUGGGUGCCCAUUUUUGAGCGAACCUUGCGAAGCUGGAGGAUCUCAUCAAGACCCGUUGAACGGCCUGAGGUUCUUGCCUGCAUGUUCGAAAGGCGUGAGCGAGUACUCAAGGAGAUUGCCGGGAUUUGGUGCCCGUUAAUCGAAUCAUUUUGGUUGCCUUACUACGUUUUGGUCAAUUACUACGCCUUCGGUUCCCUUCUUCAAGUUCCUUGCUUUCUCAGCGGCGCAAUUGCAGUUCCCGCGUUGCAACGAGUUGCGAGGCGAGAUGUUAAACUGACUCCCCUGAUUAUGCAUCAAUGUACCUUCCACCUGUGCAUCGCAAUCCUAAUCAGCUCUGUUGGCUUUCCGCGGGAUUUGAUGCCAAUUCUUCAUGUGGCUCGUAUCAUGGUGGGCACCUUCUCGACAGAUGUGUGGCACGUCAACAACAUGAACUUGCUGCUUGCUCCACUUCACGUGCUGUCCAACUGGAUGCAAAAGGAGCCCAAGGCAGAAGCCCUCGAGUUCAUGCUCAUGAUCAUCGCUGAGGUGUUCUUCAUAUCAAUCACAGCCUUGAUCCUUUCCACCUUACAUGAGAAAGAAUAUCAGUUAGCUGCUGCAAGCCUGGAGCUGGAAGAGAAGGUGCAAGAAGUGAAGGAAGCCGAACGGAGCGGCGCCGCAGCGCAGCGGCUCCUGGCAGUGACCUGCGAUGCGUCCACGCGGCUGACAGGGGACUUGAGGAUUUCUCAGCCUUCCCCGAGUUUGUCGGAUUUGUUAAUGUGCGGCUUCGGAUCCAACCUGGGAUGCAACCACCUUGAAGGAGUUCCCUUCCUUCGCUAUGUGGACCCACCAGAACAUAAUCGCUUGAAGGCCUUCAUUGAGGAAUCGGCCAAAGCCGAUACGCCACCAAGGUCGAUCCAUUUGCAGAUGAAGGAUUCCAGCGGUAUUUCGUUCAAUGCCGAGCUCUUCCAUGUGACGGUGCCUUCCCUGAUGUCUGAGCAGGUGGAACAUCUGAUUGGUAUCAGCCAGGAGCCAUGCUGGGCGAUCCAUGGCGAUCCUGGGCCAUGGCCUUGGAAGAUGUUGGAUCUUUUGGAGGAGAACUCCGAAAGAGUUCUGGCAUCUGAGGAGCAAAGUGCCAUGAGCGGCCCGUCCACCGACAUGCCGCCCACGGACAUGCGUCACAUCCUGGGCUAUGGACUUCCGCCGGUGAAGACAGAGCGGAGCCUCCCGAGCGCACGAAGCAGAAGUAAAAGCCGCAGUGAAUCUGCUUCAAGCAGCGACCCCAGGACCCCGAGCUCCAAAUGUCAAAACCUGAUACGAUUGCGCAUGCUGCAGAAGGUGAACUUCACCAUAGACAUCGAGUCUGAUGACUUUCAGAUAGAGUCUUUAACUCUGACCUUCGGACAGACGGACAACUGUCCAAGGGAUGCCCUGCCCAAACUGCUUGAAUGGAUCAAGCCAAACUAUAGGUCGUUGCUCUUCAACUGGGCACAAUCCCACGCCAACGCCUUUGCCAGCGGCAGUCCAUGCAAGGAUAUGCCGUCAUUGCGUGGUGUCAAACUGAUAUCUCCCAUGCAAUCUGCCAACACUAUCCUUGCAGGGGAAGUAAUUCCUGCUGGAUUUCAGGAAGUGGAUGGCGGUACUGGCAGUACAGAAAACGGAGGAACAAGUUGCAGUGGCAGCGCAGGUGCCCAAAUUUGGGUCCCAAAUGCGGAAGCUUUUUGCCCACUAGCUGAGCUUGGAAUGAUGAGGUGUAAUGCCAUAGGAGGUGUUUUGGAUUUCAGCCCGAAGCAACAGUGGCUGGACCAAAUUAUCCAGUCGCAUGGCUUCGAGACAUGCAGUUCCGGAGCCAGAUGUUUAGCCAGCAAGAGUCAACUCUUGUAUACAUAG